UAAAAGAUGCAAAACAAUAAAACUCUCUUCCUCUACACAGUGACACUUUCCUUCCUUCCUAAAUGCUGCAGCACAACAAGCGAGACGCGAUCGAGCGGCAAGCGAACGGCGGGGUGGCGAGCGACGACCUAACGACGGCGCGUCGAGCGGCAAGUGAACAACAACGCAGCAAGGAGACGCGACCUCACGGUGAUUAAGCUAAGAACGAACACACAAGCGGAUGCAAAAGUGAAAUCCUACAUUUGCAGGUUGUGCUAAGGCUUAGUAUAUCCUUGAAGCUUUGAGGAGAAAAAUGGGUUAUAUUGGGUCUCACGGUGUCGCAGCUUUGCACAAAUAUAAGUAUAGGGAGUAGAUCAUUCCUACGUGGCCAAAUAUGUACUGCAACCCUUUUGGACACGCUUUGUUAAUUUUUUCCCCCUAUGGAUGCCCCAAACAUGAUAACUCUUAUGGGAUUCAUGUUCUUAUUAGUGUCUGCAUUGCUUGGUUAUAUAUACUCUCCACAUUUGGACUCAGCUCCUCCAAGAUGGGUUCAUUUUGCCCAUGGACUACUUCUGUUUUUAUACCAGGUAGGAUAAAAUACUUACAUUGAUGCUGUUGAUGGGAAGCAAGCUAGACGAACAAAUUCCUCAAGCCCAUUGGGGGAGCUCUUGAUCAUGGUGAUUUUCUUGUGCUCGUUUUGGAACAUUGGCUUUGGGAGCACAGCCAUGUGUGGAAGAGCGCGGACUUUCUGGUGGGUGGUAAUAUCUGCCAAAUUAAUUUUAUGGUUUGCAACCUGGAGAGCAGGAAGUUAUCAUAAUGGGACCUUACGAGGGUCUGAGAAGAAAUACAUCUGUCACUUUUUCACUGCUAUCGUGGGUGCUGAGUGGUGGGCUCCAUUUGGAAAUUCUUUGCCAUUUUUAAGUUGGCUUCCUUAUCUCGAGGGAAUUCCAACAUUCAAAGCUGUUUUGUUUUUAAUGAUAGCUUUUGGUGUUACACCGACGGUUACAUGCAAUGUUACCAAUGUUUAUAAGGUUGUGAAGGCAAGGAAUGGAAGCAUGCCACUUGCACUGGCAAUGCUUUACCCAUUUAUUGUACUUGUGGGAGGAGUUCUUAUGUGGGAUUAUUUGUCACCAUCGGACAUCAUGGGUAGAUAUCCACAUAUAGUUGUUAUUGGGACAGGACUUACUUUUGGAUACCUUGUGGUAUGGCAAUUGUGUUUAAAUUUGAAAAGUCGUUGCCUUUUCUUGUUUUCUUUUCAAUUUUUAUAUCGUUUGCUUCUUAUUCUAAAACUCAUUUAUAGUAUAUCUUUGAAGGGUUCCUUAUUAGAUGAGAGACUGUUCUUCUGGGAUUAUUCUGUUUCUAUGAACACAGUGGCACUUUACUUGCAUUUUGCCACAUCAGUCAUCCAUGAAAUUACCAAUGCCCUGGGAAUAUAUUGUUUCAGGUAAAAUUACCAAUCAUUAUGUUAGUAUGCAUGUAGAAUUUGGCAUUUGUUGCUCCCUUUAAAUCAUUUCCAUUUUAUGAAGUCUGAUUUAUUGUUAAUUCAUAUAAAAGAAAAAUUGUUUUGUAUGCUAGUUACAUAGAUCGAUCCUUGCUUUUAUCAAUACCCCAAUUCUUCUCAAGAACAAUGGCCUGAGACUAACUCUUACCUUUUGUUCACUUGCAGGAUAAUAGGAAGGGAAGCUUGAAAGUCACCAGAUUUUCUUUACGUUUGCCUUUAUAACUAGUGAUUUUAGAUUUUAAACGUCAAUUUUAAAUCAUAAAGUAGCAAUUUUUCCGCUUGUCUUGCCGAGUCCUUACUAUUUUUUUUCUUUCAGCUUGCGAGUCAAGCCAAAUUCUGGCCACGCUUUUGUCAGAAUAAUUUGCCUUUAUUUGACAAAUUUGAACUAACUGGAGCUAGUAAUUAUAUGCUGAUUCACAGAUAGAUAGGAGAUCUAUUGUUGAUUGUUUCAAUUCAACACUAUAAUAUUUAUUUUAAUUUGAAUAUGACAA